UUAAUUUUAAAACUUGGCUGGAGCAGCACGAGCUGCUUGUGAGACGCCAGGUGCCCGUCAGUUUCUUAUUCUGGCUGAACAGGUGGCCGAGUGCCGGAGAGCGUGCAAGGGAACCCAGCACAGCCCCCAUAUCUGCCCUUCUUCGAAAUGAGGCCAAGCUCCUUUCCAAAACCUGUCACUUCAGUGUUGCACCGCUUGUGGACGAAAUUGAGAAGAGCAUGACUUAAGAUAAUCUUUAAAUUGUUAACAUGUAGUGUAUGAUACGACAUACAUUCGAUAUGGAAAGCAGCUAUCGUGUGGAUGAAAAUGUCAUAUUGACGUGAGAUUCGCGUGUUCCUUCAGGGUAAUGUUAUUGAAAUGAGCUGCUGGACGGAUCAUCCUUAUGCCGAAGUGAGCACCGUGUCUUAAUGGUUUAGAAAAGGUAAUACUUUUUACUUUACUGUGUUUGUACCCACGUCCUUUAGCAGAGUCGCAUUGAACUAGCAGAUUUUGGAAUGAAGUUUGGCGUGUAGGACAGACACGUUUCGGGCUCAGGGUGUUAGUGAGAGCUCGUCACACUGGAGCAGCUGUGAGGUCUAAGCCACAAGAGGAGGACAGGCCGUAAGAAAAUCGUUUGGAAAAUUAACUUUACCACGGGAAAAGGAUGAAAGGUGAAACAGUGCACUGACAUUACCAUUGCCAUUAGUGAAGACUACAGACAUGGCCCUUUUCAAGCAACAAAAAGUGGAGGAUUUCUAUGAAAUUGGUGAAGAACUGGGAAGUGGCCAGUUUGCUAUUGUAAAACAGUGCAGAGAGAAGAGCACAGGGCUGGAGUUUGCUGCCAAGUUCAUCAAGAAGCGCCAGAGCGUGGCCAGCUUACGAGGGGUACGCCGGGAGGAAAUCGAGCGGGAGGUGAACAUCCUGCAGCAGAUUCAGCACCCCAACAUCGUCACGCUGCAUGACAUCUAUGAGAACCGCACUGAUGUGGUGCUCAUCCUGGAGCUUGUUUCUGGAGGAGAGCUGUUUGACUUCCUGGCCCAGAAGGAGUCUCUGAGUGAAGAAGAGGCCACCCAGUUCAUCAAACAAAUUCUUGAGGGUGUGAAUUACCUCCACUCCAGGAAGAUCGCUCACUUUGAUCUCAAGCCUGAAAACAUAAUGCUCCUGGACAAGAAUGUGCCCUUGCCUAGAAUCAAACUCAUUGAUUUUGGCCUCGCCCACAAGAUCGAAGCUGGGGUUGAGUUCAAGAAUAUCUUUGGAACUCCUGAGUUUGUAGCACCAGAGAUUGUUAACUAUGAGCCACUCGGAUUAGAGGCUGAUAUGUGGAGCAUAGGUGUCAUUACCUACAUCCUGCUGAGCGGUGCUUCACCCUUCCUGGGCGAGACCAAGCAGGACACACUGGGGAACAUCUCAGCUGUAAAUUAUGAGUUUGAUGAGGAGUUUUUCUGCCAUACCAGUGAGCUGGCCAAGAAAUUCAUCAGCCAGCUGCUGGAGAGGGAUAAAGCGAAAAGGCUAACAAUCCAAGAUGCUCUUAAUCACCCAUGGAUCAAGUCUAAUGAGCACAAGGAAGAAAACAAAUCCCUCGAGCCCAAGAAACGUGAGCGGCGCCAACUAAAGACCAAGCGACUUAGAGAGUACACCAUCAAAUCCCACUCAAGCAUGCCACCCAACAACACCUAUGUGAACUUUGAGCGCUUUGCCGAGGUCGUGGAGGACAUUGGCCAAAUGGAGAGCUCCUUCAGCAGCCUGGCAGCAUCCCAUGACUCUCUUCAGGAGGAUAUUGAUGCCUUAGUUUCUAUAUACAAUGACAAGGAGGCCUGGUACAAGGAGGAGAGCGAAGGUGUACGCCAUGAGCUCUCACAAAUCCGCUACGAAUUCCGCAAGGUGGAGGCCAUGAAGAGGAAUGUGCAGGAUGACAUGAGGGCGUUUGGCGCCAGCCUCAAUGCCAUCAGCAGCCGCUACCAGGAAAGAAAGAACCACUUUGAUGCUCUGCGGCUGGAGCUUAGCAAUGAGCUGAAGUGGGUGCAGGAGGUGGUGGGUUCAUUUCCUGUGGAUGAAAGUGGUGGUGGAGGCUACCCAAACUGUAGCUUCUCCACCGUCUUCAACAACGAUGUCAAUGAAGCCCUGAAGGAGCUGCUGAACCGGCCCUGUGGAGGAGAGCUGCUCACUGGGAUCAACCUGGACUUCACUGAAACUGGACAGCAAAGAUAGUACUAAGUAGGGCACAGUUAAUCAAAAGAUGAUCCAAAUCACAAUGCUGACAACUGCAAGACCUUCACUGUAAGAGGCUACAAGUUUUUUAUUGUU